UGAGCACAUCAAAAUCAUUUGUUAAUGCUCGAUGCUGGGAAAUAUUCGAUAGUAAAAUGAGCAACACUCAGCAGUCAGCGACAACGACAGUAAACGGUCUGAUUGGCAAGGCUCAGAAGCUGUCCAAGGACCUCAAUGGGUUGAUCAACAAGUCCGCAGUGCUUCUCGCCGACAGCCAGCAUGUGAAGCAGCGCAUCAUCGACUCCUGCGGCGUUCAGGACAAUCAGCUCCUCAAGAACCUGGUGAAGUACUGCAACGACGACGAGCGCAUUCAUCAGCUGCUGGAGAACGCAGAGCUGAAGCAAACCCUCGAAGAGUACAAAGCGGGUGUGGAUCACAUCAUGGGCAAGUACAGGCAGCAUUGCCAGGAGAACAGCCAGCUUGAGGAGCACUAUCAACUGCGCGCCAGAUACGUGGCUGGACUGCAGGAGAUUGUGAAUAACCUGGAAAAGCGCAUCGAGGAAAUGGCGCUACUCAUGAUGUUCACAGUCACCCUGGAGGAGCACAGCAGCAGUGAGAAUCAGCGCAUCAUCCGGCAGCUGUCCGAGGAGAACGAAUUGUUGCGACGCCAACUGCAGAUUAGCUGUCAUCCUGUAGCCAAGGAUGUCUUGCAGCAGGCGCAACCUGCUCAAACGGAAUGCGGCACUCAAGUGGAUGCGGAACAGGACUUUGUCUCUGACUCUGAAUCGGACUCGGACUCUUCCAGCUCGGACAGCUGUCACAGCUUUGUCACCUGCUUCUCAUACAGCAUUGAAUCGCCAGAGAAACCUCAGUCAUAAUUUUCGUUUUCCCUUUCUGUAUUCACUACUGAAACACAUUAAAGCUCUUUGUCUCACCUGCUC